AUGUUUGUUGUCAGGUUGCUUCUCCUUUCCUGCCAACCUAACCUGACAUUUAGGGACUUAAAAAAAGUUGAAGACGACGACAUUCCGACUGAUCAAGCAUUCAAGACAACGACAACAGUCUCCACCAAGUCGCGCAACAUGUCAGCUUUUAGCUGUAUGCAGCCAUCGGCCUUUGGCAACAGCGGGCCUGGCUUCACCACCCAUCCCUUCGAGGCCGACGCCGAAACAGAUGUCGACCCAAACGCCGACACCAUCGCGCACUUCAAAAACAAGCCGUACGGCAAAGCUGAGUACGGCACAAAAGUCCUCGGCCAGUCUCGUAUUGGUAUGCCCAUCGUCGCGGUUGUGGGAGACGUGAUUCCUUCUUCUUUUUUAAAUGGAGUUAUCGGCAAGGAUUUGACCGCUACUGCGCAUGCCGAGUUCUCCAUCGCCUGGCCCCCGACCUUUCCCGUCGGCGGACAUCCCGCGGAGGUCAUCGAGCUGAGGGCGGCGCUGUCGCUCGAUGCCGCGGCGGUAGAAGCGGGCGACGGGGGCGGCGCCGCCGCCUCCGUCGGCUGCGGCGGCGGCGCAGAUGCGGCCCGUUUCGCCGCCGCCGCGGGUUGUUGUUCUCGGCUUCUGGCUGUGCGCGGGGAUGUGGUCGUGGGGGACGAGAGCGUCAAUCUCAACAGAGGAGGCCUGGCGAGUGUUAGGCUACGUCUUCACUCGGACUCCCCUGGAGUGACGUCAUGCAUCCUGGCGGGGGACCAGGGUAUUCCCACCCUGGAGUCUUUUCAAGACGCCGCCCCACUGAUGGGUUUGCCACAAGCCGCCAGGGAGGAGGCGCAUAGGCUGCUGUGGCGCAUGAUGCACGAGGCCUUGCCGUACAACCACUCCGUACUGCCGUACGACGCAGACGCGUUCCGCUCGCCCGUGGAUCUCCUUCCGCCAAAACUGCAGGCCGCGCUCAGCUGGGCUUGGUCGCACCACUUCCGUCCCUUCGCACAUGACUUCAGCUUCCUGCUCGACUGCAUGCCGUACAGCACCUCUGCCGCCACCGCCGCCACCUGUACUGCUGGCGGCGGCGGGUACGGCGAUGAAUCCGCUGCGUUGGCGGCGCUUCGCGCCGCCGCCGCCGCGUCGAGGAGCGGCAGCGGCAUCGCGGACGCGUACGACGCGGACGUAGCCGCUGGCGCUGACGGUAGCUUGUACGACAUUGCAAUGCCGGGGUCUGCGUGCAGCAGCCCUGCGCCACUGCGGCCGACGGCUGUCUCCGCCGUCGCAAAUGUAUGCCCGGCAGCGAGUGUGUUGCCGUACGACAUCCGUGACGAUGCCGACGCGGCAGCGGAUGGAGCUUUGGAUGGUGAAGAAGGCCUCGUGCACGUCACCGCUGUUGCCUCUGCCUCCGUCGCCCUCGCCGUGCCGCCGCCGCUGCCGCCAGCCUUUGGUUGCCCGUCCCGUGGGUCGCUCCUUGCGGCCAUCCUCUUGACUUUUCUCACGGCGGCGUUAGCGGUGCUGGCGGCGGAGGGCGGCCGUGGCGGACAGGAAGCCGCCGGCGUCAGUUUCGUUGUCGCCGCCGCAGCAGCGGCCUGGUGUCGGUGUCGUCUAUUAAUGGCGCUGCAGCUACCGCGACUCAACCGCGGCGUCAUGCUUUCCGACUUCAUCCUGGAUGGAGAGCUUGUGUGUGUGCUGGCGGCAGCGAUGGUAUUGACGUUCGCAGUUGUGGUUACUUCUCUACGUCCUUUACUGCGCCGCCGCGGCAGCAAUGCUGCCGGACGACGUACGGCAGAUGAUCAAGCCAGCGGGAACAUGGAGGCGCUGCGUCGUCGCCGCGUUCUGCUGCUUGCCCUGCGCGUGGCUGGUGCCGUACUUUUGGGCGCCGCCACUUGGUGUGCGGCUGCCGCCGCCGCCGCCGCCGCAGUGGUAGUGGUCGCCAACAUGGCCGCGGCGCCGCCGCCGUCGACCACCGUGACAACCGUUAGCGCCAUCGUUUGCUCCGCUACCGGUUCCGUAUUACGUGUCCUGCAACUGCUGCCCCCUGCCGUUUGA